AUGGCUGGAGAAGAGAUUCCUCCGCGACCUUCCCGAUCCUUGGUUGGCAAAGUGGCCAUCGUUACUGGCGCGGGAUGUCUUGGUGACGGCAUAGGUAAUGGUCGGGCGACAGCGGUCCUCUUGGCUGAAGACGGAGCUGCUGUCAUCUGCGUAGACACCAACCUUGAAUGGGCCGAGAGGACGGUCGAGAUGAUAACAAAGGACUCGAAAGGGACGGGGUUGGCUUUCAAAGCCGACGUCAGCCAGGCAGAGGAUUGCUUACGCGUCGUCGAUCUCGCUGUCUCAGAAUUCGGCCGGGUGGAUGUCCUGGUGAAUAAUGUUGGCAUUGGAGGAGCCAGAGGAACCGCCGUUGAUGUAGACAUGGAAGAGUGGGCAAGGGGUCUGGAGGUUAACGUGUCGAGCAUGGUGCUGAUGGCCAAACAUGUCAUCCCUAUAAUGAAGAAGAAUGAGGGCCCUGUUCGAGGGAGCAUUGUCAACGUUGGCAGCGUCGCUGGCUUAAGAGGAGGGACGCCUCAUUUGCUUUACCCGACAAGUAAAGGUGCAGUCGUGAAUAUGACUCGUGCGAUGGCGGCACACCACGCCCCCGAUGGGAUUAGGGUUAAUUGCGUUUGCCCAGGUAUGCUCUAUACACCUAUGAUGUAUGGGCCAGGGAUGAGUGAGGAAGCGCGUAAGGCCCGGAAAGGAAGAAGCUUGCUAAAGACAGAAGGCAACGGAUGGGAUUGUGGGAGCGCAGUCCGGUUUUUAGCCGGAGGAGAGGCGAGGUGGAUUACGGGCACCAUAUUAACUGUAGACGCGGGCGCAACAGCGGCUGUGGGUUCGGAACUGCCAAAGACUGCGAGCAUCAAUGCACCGGCAUAAUACAGCGAAGAGAAGUCCAUCCUGACAUAGCACCGGCCUCCCCGAUGUUGACAACAUGGCGAUUAUCGUCUGUUUUGGUAAUUUUUUUUUUUUUUUUUUGAUUGGAAUUCUCGCAUGCCUGUCGCGUUCGUGAUUUAACCAAUUGGUGCCAAGAUUCCGCACCUGGUGGGGCGGAAAAGUUGGCUUCGCGCGCAGCGGAAACCCUGGUGACUAAGCUUCAGGUGGUGGAAGGCUGGCCGUGUACCUCACCGCAGGAUACCAAUGUUGUUAUGUCAACGGUAUCAAUUGUGGUCUCUUCUUAGUAAAUUCUUUCAAGAAUCCUUGCCAGAGCGGGGUAAUACACGGAUGGUUCGCCCAAGCUUCAGGAG